AGGGCCAUGUUUUUCUCUUUAACGUUGACAUAUAAGCGGUAAAUUCUAUCAUUUUUCUGAAUAUGGAAGCUGACGAAGUGAAGCCUGACGAGAGAGCUUUAUUGUGCGGCUGGAGAUCGUUUAGGCCUAAAGUUCUUCAAAGACUCAACACACCAAAAUGGUUUCUUGUGUUUCUUACCAUAUACUCCUUCAUGCAAGGUAAGACAACUCUUCUCAAGAAAUGUUCCUAAUUUUGUUCUUGUUUACUGUUUUUACUUUUUAUGGUGUAAUCUCGUCUAAGCACUCCUUUAGAUUGAACUGAUUGUUUCAGAUUGUUGUUGGGACUAUUUGAUCCUUAUUAUGCUAACGAACCACUUCAAAUUUGAAAUCAUAGUGGUGGCUACUGUUGAGGAAUUAAUUUGAAGUCCUUGACGACAGCUCGUUGCUUACCUGUCGGUUUUGAUAUUUUGGGGAAAGAAUUGCUGUCAGAUAGAUCAUUCUUUACGCAGAGGAGCACCUAGGUAUUUGAGUAUGAGUUGCACCAGGCAAGCGUCCCUUUUGAGGGAAAAAGAUUGUUCUUUCGUUUUUAAACACUUUGUGAACUGAGCUGGACUUUUUACUUUCCAAAAAUCUGAUGAUAAUAAAUAAAAAUUUUGAUGGAAGUCAAAAUAUACUUGUUGUGUCGUUCUAGGUAUGAUUGCGACAGGUCUAACGGCUGCUGGUCUUACUUCGCUGGAAAAGAGAUUCAAACUAACCAGCAAGCAGAGUGGUAUGAUUGUUGCAGCAAAUGACGUAUCCGCACUGAUUCUUAUCAUCUUCAUUAGUUACUUCGGAGGUCACAGGAACAAAGCCCGCUGGCUGGGCAUAGGAGCACUGGUAACUAGUCUGGGAUGUUUGAUGUUCGCCUUACCUCACGUCCUUGUAGGCAAGUACACCCCUCUUAAAGUUGAGACGAGUGGAAGCGAACAAACGUGUUGGUUCAAUAGUACCAAGAUCCCUAAAGAUGACACUGUGUGUGCUGAAGCCAAAGGUUAUACAGCUUGGAAGUAUAUGCUGGUGUUUGUCGGGGCGAAGCUUCUUUUAGGGGCAGGAACCACCCCUUUGUUUACACUUGGUCCGGCUUAUAUUGACGAGAAUGUGAACCCAAAGGCGGCGCCCAUGUAUCUUGGGGUCUGGUUUAUAGCAACUUUCUUUGGUCCUGGAAUUGGUUACGUUGCGGGAGGGUCUCUUCUUAAUGUGUGGGUGGACUUAAUUCAGGUAAGGGAAAAAUUGCUGUAAACCAUUGAGCAGAAAGUCGUGACAAGAUCAGUUAUUGAUAGUCCUAUUCUUUAUCAAUCGUUUUUCUUGUUCUUUACUUCAUAUUUCUUUGUAUAACUCCAUAUUUCACCUGUCGUCGCGCUGUCUAUUCGAUGGUAUCAUGACACAAUGUCAACUUUAAUAUUUUUUACUUGUGGAAAGUACAUAGACUCAAACAUCUUGUUUAGAUGCGCAAUAAUGGAUACUUUAUCUAUAAUCUGAACGAAUUUGUUCUCACUUUUGUUUCUCCAGCCUCCUGGAGUUGACUUGACGCCUGAUGAUCCUCGCUGGAUUGGGGCCUGGUGGCUAGGGUACUUUUUCGGGGGUCUAUUACUGUUAUGUACCUCUAUAGCACUUCUUGGUUACCCCAGAGAGAUGCCAGGAGCCCGUGAACAAAGAUUGGCCGCCAUUAGGGAAGGCCUUUUACCGCCUAGCGACGAGCACAUUCAAGGCCGACUGAAGGAUAUUUUACCAGCCACUAAAGCUAUCCUUACAAACAAAGUGUUCAUGUUCAAUACUUGUGCAUUUUGUUGUACAACUCUCAUUGCAACAGGCUUGGGGCCGUUUGUCUCCAAGUUUAUCCAGUCGCAGUUUGGGAAAUCUUCCUCGACAGCAGGUGAGUGUAGAAUACAGACGAACUCUCGGACAAUUCUUAAGGAUUAGUGUUUUGCGUGAGUUUAUUUUUUUCUAUUUUAAAUGAAAUCUUUGAUUAUUACAGCGAAAAGAGACUUGUGGAAAAUUUGAUGCUCUAAAUGGGGGACUUAUUAGAGAUGAUUCGGUUUUAUCAACUGAGUUGAUAAUGUAAAUUGGCCACCAAGAAGAGUUUCAAUGCUGACGUUUUGAACGUCAGUCGUUUGGCAGAGCGACGAGUAUGACGGGGUACGGGAAAUUAGUAAAUUGUUUUCAGUGUAAUAACCUCAGGUUGCAUGACAGUACAAAUGUUUUUUCUGCAGGAAUCCUGUCAGGUAUUGUCAUCAUCCCAGGCACUGCCGGCGGUAUAUUCCUGGGCAGUUACCUGAUCAAGAGAGUUGAUGUAAGACGGUCGUGUAAGAUAGCUGCCAAGUACUGCUUUAUCUUUCAAUUUAUCGGUACCUGGGCUGUACUUACUUUUCUAAUUCCCGGUUGCAAGACGACACUGCUCGCUGGUAUCAGUCAUCCUUACAACAACAGGUGAACAAAAAGAUGUAUAUUCCUUCAUACAUUUGCUGUUAAUAAGUCUUACGAAUGAAGAUUUGGGAAGAAUCUGCUUCAUGAGGGGUUUGUGUUGUGGUAAAUGUAUGGUUUUCAUUCCUACCACAUCAUUUGUUCAAAAAUGUUUCACGUGUAACGAAUUUUUACUUCAUCGCUGCUUUCAAUUUUUUAAAGGUUGAAUAACGGAAUUGCUUGGCUUGGCAUUUCAAGAGUUCUGAAAGUAUUUUGGAAAUUAGCUACAUGGCACCGCUAUUGCCAUGUAGCCAACUGAUUGGUUUCCCUUGUCCACAUGAGUUUCAAUUUUACUUGCGUGCACUAAGUAGGCCUCACUGAAUGUAAAACUUGUAAGGAUAGAUGAAUAUGAAAUCUUUCUGUCAGGUUGCUGGUCUACGUGAUUAUAUUUGUUUUAUUUUUGUUGUAUUUCCCUCAUUGAAGCAUGUUGUUUCGUCCAUCUUACAGAACUCUUGUGGAUAUAAACAAGUCUUCACCUUGUAACAACCUGUGUCACUGUAACAGCCUUGAGUAUGACCCCGUGUGUGGAAUCGAUGAGGUGUCCUACUUCUCACCAUGCCAUGCUGGCUGCACUAAAAGAACUAUUAACGAGGGAUUGAAAAGAGUUACCGACAGAGAGGUAGCAACAACGUUAAAGUGACUCCUCACUUUGCACUGAAAAUUCGUCGGAAACUUGGUAACUGACGGACCUGUGGAUUGGGCCGGCCGGCUGGCUCGCCAGCUGACUUGAUAGACUGACUGACUAUUAACCUGCAGACGAACUAAGCAGGCAGUUGACUGGCUCGCUGGCGGACCUGAUAGACUGACUGACUGUUCACCAGCAUACAAACUUACCAGGCAGCUGUUUGGCUCGCCAGCUGACCUGACAGACUGACUGACUGUUCACCAGCGGACGAACUAACCAGGAAGCUGAGUGGCUCGCAAGCUGACCUGACAGACUCAUCGACUAUUGACCAGAUGACGAACUGGUCAGCCGGGUGGCUGGCUGACUAGCUUGCUGGUUGGCCUGUCGGACUGGCUCCAUACUGAGUGGUUCACUACCUAGCCGAUUAACCGACAAACUGACCGAUUAGCGGACCGAUUAGCGGACCGAUUAAGUGAUUAGUGGUAACCGACAGACCAAUAGAUUGGUGUAUGUAAUGUUUUGAUUGUUUGGUUUUCUCUGUUAUGCUGCAGAUGUAUGAGAACUGCCGUUGUAUUGCGCCUCAAGAUAGGACCGUUCGGCAUGGUUCUGCUGUACAGGGAACGUGUGACCGAGACUGUAAGAAUUUGAUUCCAUUUCUGUUCGGCGCUGUGGUGUUACUUACCUUCAAUUUUAUGAAUGCCACGCCCAACAAAACUGUCGUGUUGAGGUGGGUACUUAAAUGUUUUCAUCGUGUCAAAAAGACAUUUUCUAUCUGUCCUCAAUCAGAAUAAAGAUAUUUCCCAACCAAUCGUUGCAAUUUCAUGUCAUGUAUGUUCUGUUUUCUCGAAUGAAACAGUUGUCUUUAUGAUGAGGAUCUCAUCUUUUUCUUAUGGGUUUAUAUUUAAUCUGUAUGUUUUUAGAUCAUAUUUGUUUUAUUUCUUACCUGUGUAGUAGCUUUUGUUGUUUUGAUGUGAUCUCCAUCAAGCUUGCGUUAUCACUGAGAUCACGCAUUUCGAAGCGGUCUCAAAACUUCUCGACGGACUGCUGACUUAAACUGGAAUUACAACACACAAGAGGUUGCACAUGGCCUUUGCAACAAACGGCAAAAGUUGAACUUUGUGUUGCUUGUACUUGAGUGUUACAUUUUAAAAAACAAGCAAAUUGAGCUGGAGUUCGAUCUCGCCGUAAUCGUCAUGCUCAAACUCGUUAAAGUUGUAAUUAGAUUUCAUUAGGUUGUCCAAUAAUAUCUGCUAAUAACUGCGAACUUUACAUGUUAUUUCAGAUGCGUACCAGACAAUCAACGGACAUACGCUCUAGGUCUUCAGUGGCUAUUUCUGUGUAUGUUUGGUUCCAUGCCUGGUCCUGUAUUAUUCGGUGCAUUUAUUGACAAGACCUGUAUCUUGUGGGAAGAGACGUGUAGCGGCAGAGGCAGCUGCCUGGAGUACAACAACGAACUUCUCAGCUAUUUGUUGGUAGCAGCAGGCCUGUUCUUUCAGAGUGAGUCUGUAGUCCUUCUUUGUCUGGGCUACCCACGUAUCUGACAUGCUUAAUAAAGCCUGACGGUUAAAAUAGCUCAACCUAAUAUCGCACUCUGAUUCGAUGCGUGCUGAUGUACAUCUUAUCAUGUGCAACAAUCAUGUGCAACACGCGUGCUGAUGUACAACUUAUCAUGUGCAACACGUUUGCUGAUGUACAUCUUAUCAUGUGCAACACGUUUGCUGAUGUACAUCUUAUCAUGUGCAACACGCACCGGCGUGAUUAUUCUCCAAAAAACAUUUUUUAUUUCAAAAACACUAUUUGUGAAGAUGAUUAUAAUUUGAUCUGCUAUUUGUAGUUCUCUCAACGGCUCUGUACUUUGGUUCGUGGUUCUUCUGCAAGUCAAACGACCCUCUCACCCCCAAUAUACCAGAUGUAGAUGAUCAAGCCUCGUCUCAAACUCGCCUCAGUCCUCCACAGACACCAGUGCCUGGUUUUGAAUUCCGCCUACAGCGCCGAGCAGCUGGUCAGCAGACUCAUCCAGAGGGAGAAGCUCUUGCAGAGGCUGAUCGUGACAGAGAAAACUCAUCCCCAGUUCCUGGCUUCGCACGGUAUGAAGCUGAUAAUGACAGCGUGUUCCUAUCAUUUAGGAAUGCAGGUGAAGAGAGCCAAAAUAGUUUUCUCUCAAUCGGUCAGAUUGAGUCUUCGAUUUGAGAUAUAUUGUACGUUGUGUUAAAACAGAUACAAAUUUUAGGUUGUAUUUUCACAUUGCAAUUGAUAAAUUAACACUCAAAGAAGAAAUCCAUCGAUGUAUGAAAAAAAAAUAAUUUCCUUACGUUUUCAGAUUCUCGUACAUCCUUCUUCUUACUAUUUGUAAGAUCUCAAUUGUAAAAGUCAAAUUUUUAGAUCAAAAACAAGUCCACAAGAUUCUCGCCAAUUAUCAAAACAUAUUUGAAGAAAGAAAAAAAACAUGACGUUUUCUUGGCAUUUUGUUCAUCUACAGUAGCUUUAUAACUGGUGCUUGGUCAAACGAUGUUUGUUCAUAUCGAACUUACUAACCACCCGUUCUUUCAGGGGGUUUUGAAGGGAAACCCUCUUUUAGCUCACUUGGUUUCGAGUGAGGCCUAGGUAUGGUAAAUUAAAACAAAUUAUUCGUGUCAUAAAAAGAUUGUCCAACACGAUCAAUUUGAUUUUAAAUCGAAUUAAUUGGUCAAUAACACUUAAAAUGGUAAAUAAAAAUAUUAGAAAUUAUUAGAAAGAUAGAGUAAUUAUUAUAUUGAUGUUGGUAGCACAUCAUGUAUUUCGUUUUUUUAAUUUUAUAUUUGUUACUUUAGUUAUUGUUCUAUUUUGAGGUUUUGUUAUCUUGGUGGGAUUGACAAUCCGGUUUUAUACAUUUACCUAUCGCCUUUUUUUAACAAUGCUUAUCAUUAAAAUUAAAACUUUCUCGAUUGUGAUUGGUUUAAAAAAACUCCUAUUUUCCUCAAAUUCACGUGCGGAAAGUUUGUUAUUGGACAGUUCAAUAAGCCAAUCACAUUCAAAGAUGUAGAUUAAAUCAACCAAUCCAAAGUUGUAGUUUGAACCUUGGUUUCAAUCAGCUAAGAAACAGUAUACAGAAUCUAAACUGGAGCUUUCUCCAAAAUGAAGAAUUUUUUCCAAUUUUAGAGCGACAUUUAACAAUUUAUACUCUUUGGUCAGUUUUUCAAUGCAAAUUUUCCCUUUCUGUCAUAACUUGGCUAUUCUUCUAUCUCGGAAAUUGAUUGCUAAUACAUAUUUACCAGUUUAUUUUUGAUACUAGUAACAGUUUAGGUUCAGAUAGGUAAGUGAGGGUGUGUCAGUGAGGCGUGAUAUCUCAAGAGUAGUUAUUUUUUUUCUAAAAUCUCUUUUGGGUAGUAUGGAGCAUCAUAUUCACUGUUUUAAUGCAUCAAUACUGAGCUUUAAGAUGAUUUAAAGAUCACUAAAGUGCGUUGAAAUUCUUAAAAUUUGGAUUCAAUUUCCUUCACCCCUAGGGCUCGUCAGGGGUUCUUGUGCUGGAAAUAAACUUGAUAUUUUUGACGGUUAAUUCAAUAGGUGAAAUGUUUUUCUACUGCUCUAUCAUUUGCAUUUCGAGAACCGCAAUUUGUGAUUUCGUGGUUUUCUGUACAUUUUUUUACUUUCCAAUCUUUAAAGGACUUUCAUUUACUUUGUAGAAUUUGUCACUGUGUAUAGAACCUAUGGGAAAACAUCGUACAUUGCGAUUUAGUGAUUAAUAUGAAAUUUUCUUGUAUUUUAACCUUCUUGUAAGCAAUUUCAAUAAUAUUGUUAACGAGUAAAGCACGAGCCUGCAUUAUUAGCGUGUUAUUCACUGAAAAAUGGUCCUUUCUCUGUGUUAUCUUACUGGUCAAAAGUAACAGAGAAUGUUCAUAGUUUUUUUCUAGUUACGAGAUUGUUUUUUUUCCUUGGAUUUUUAAUUUUUUAAAAACGCGCUCGUCGAUAACGUGCUGUUUCACUGUUUUCAUGGCCUAAUCUUUCUGUCGUCUCUUUGAACUUCUGGCCUUUUAAUUUUUUGUUUCACUUCGGGCUCUAAGUGUGGAAUGCCGCUAUCAUGCCAUAUCUAAGGCUCGUGCUUUUCUUGAGUUCAAGUUUACUGGUUUACCUGAGGUUCAAGUCAGUGGUCUUGUAUGAAGGGCAUGCGCGCCGGCGCGUUGGGCCUCUCGGCCACUUGUCUUGUACACCUUUGCUACCAGGAAAUGGCUCAAAUUAUUAGGUUUUUUUUCAGUUGUUUUCAACAAGUUGAUAAAAUAAAAGUAAACUUCCCUAC